CUGUUCUUCCUCCCCCCGCGUAUGAUUUCUGUAUGAAUCCUCAUAAUUGCGUUAUUAUUCGUUAAAGAUAAAGCUGAACUCUUUGAUUUAGAGGGAACACAAAGACAAAGGAAAUGUCUGCGAAACCAACUUGUUUGAUUGUGGCGAGUGCUUCAGCUCAAGGGGUGUCAGCAAAAUCCUUCCAUCAGUCCUUCAACCUUUGCUCCUCAGCGUUUAAUCUCCAGACCGCCACACCUGGGGGCAAACCAAUAGAUUUUGUUGGAGUCGAUGAAAGCACUGCCAGAUGGGUGCAGGACUUCAACGUUAAACCGUACGCAACACCAGCCAAACUGGAAUCUAUAGAUGGUGCAAGGUACCAGUCACUGCUCAUCCCGGACUGCCCUGGAGCACUGAAUGACCUGGCGCACAGCGGCUCUUUGCACCGCAUUCUCACACACUUCAUCACUCACCAAAAGCCGGUUUGUGCAGUGGGACAGGGAGUGUCGGGACUUUGUUGUGCUACUGAAGGACAGAGUUGGAUCUUCAGCGGCUACAGCCUCACCGGGCCGUCAGUGUUUGAACUGGUGCGGAGGCCUGACUUUGCAAACCUGCCGUUGGUUGUGGAGGACUUUGUGAGAGACAGUGGAGGAUCAUACACAGCAAGCCCAGAAGAUGCUGUCCACGUAGUAAUAGACAGACACCUCAUCACUGGACAGAAUACGCAGUCGACCUCACUUGCUGUAAAUAAUCUGAUCCUGCUCUGUGGUGCCAAGUAAAAAAAAAAAAAAAAACAGAAUAAACAUAACAUCAGGAUCAA